CACGCUUGCUGUGGCACUUUGGAUUACAAAACUUCUGAUACAAAGUCCUGUACAUAUGAGUCAUCGUUCUCGAGCCCCCAAGGUGCGACAGCAUCUCCACUGUGAUUCCUGCUACAGCCGACGCUGCAGGGCUCGGGUGGAGGUCUCUGUGUGCUGUGUGGUCACCACUUGCCGCCUGCUCUGUGGAGCUGUCUACCACCUGUGCAAAGAGGAGGAUCACCUGCUGCUCUGCCCCAAUGUCAAGGUGCCCUGCCUCAAUGCUGAAUACGGCUGCCCGGUUCACCUGGCUCGCUCCUCACGGGCAGCUCACCUCCAGGUGUGUCCAGCCAGCGUAGUUUGUUGCUCCAUGGAGUGGCUCCGCUGGCCGACUGAUGAAACAAACCCACACAGCAACAUGACCCUACAGGAGAAUGUGCUGAAGGAAAAUAAGGGACAGGAGGAGGCCCUGGAUCUUGCAAUGGCCCUGGUUGAUCAGUCAGACCUCUACGCCCGUCUGAAAAUGAAGCGCCUCUACCCAGAGUUGAUGGACCCAAAAGAGGUGGAGGAGGAAACAAAGGAAGAGAAGAAAGAGGAGACAGCAAUGGGAGGUUUUGUUAAUGGUGUCCCAAACAAAGACGCCAAUGAAGCUGGUUUCCAAACAUCUGUUUCUGAAGAGAAUAGUGAGUUUCUUGAGUCUCGGAGCAAUGAGGUGUUCGGUGUAAUGCGUUUCGACCAAGAGAAGUACAACCUGUUUGAGAAGAUGUUCAACAAGGAGAAAGGUGGUUGUGUUGUCGCUGAGGCAAAUCAAGAAAAUCCCAAAGAGAGUACGACACCUUGUGAGAAGGGGAAGUCCCAGAACCACAGAGAAGAGAAAGAUCAGGCUUCUACAGAUAAAAACUGCUCUCAACCAGACACAAAUAAGACCGGUCAGGCCCCAUGGCAGGAGGGGGUGCUGGAGCGUCUCGGGCGGGAGCUCACACCACAGGAGUACAACAUGUAUGUGGUGCAUCAUGGGCGCAUGCUGCUCACCUUUGGGCAAAUGAAGGCUUGUACACCACGAGAGAAGGAUUUUGUUUAUGGCAGCCUGGAGCCUAUCCCAGUUCAGACGUUGCGCUCUUUCAAGAUCCCUGAUGCCUAUCACUACAGGCAUCGCCGGGCUCGUAUGUAUGACGUACCUCAAGCAGGGCAGCAAGGACUCCAUGAGACUCGCUGUGUGGACACGUCAGACCUUGGUGUCAAAGAAGAAGACUGGUUCAGUGAUGAAGCAGCAGCCACCCUGGUGGAAUGUGCAGAGAAAGAGAUCAUGGGUCACAAGAUCAGUGAGACAAAAGGGUUGGACGGGCUGUUUGUUGACUUGGGAACACAAACGCAUUCAUUCCGCUCAGCACCAUUUAAAGGGAAGACGACCCUCAGAGACGUGAUGGUGGACAGACCGCUGAAGCUUCAUCUGCAGCUGCAGGCUGAGAGCGUGAACAGCAGACACCACAGAGCCAGCAGUGUUUUCACCUUCCUCUGCGGUCACACUUUCCACCGCAAGGAAUUCGCCACACAUUUCAGGAACGUCCACAGUGACAUCCAGAUGUGUCUGAGUGGAUGGUUCGAGCAGAGAUGCCCCCUGUCCUACCUGGGAUGCACCUACAGCCAGAGAAGGUUCAGACCCUCCACACAUAAAGCCACCGUCACCUACAAUCAGCAGCUGAGGAGUUUCAACUUGCGUCCGACCCACAUAUUAGUUAAUGAUUUACAGCCAUCCAAGACCUCACCUGACACCUCCACCACCGAGAGGAGGAGACAAAGUUGGGGAGUUGGAGAGGACGACACUCUGAGCUUGCUGCCCUACGAGGUGCUGUGCCACAUGGCCAGUUUCCUGGACAGUAUGUCCCUAUCCCAGCUGGCUCUGGUGUCCCAGCUUAUGAGGGAGGUUUGCUCCUCGCUGCUGCAGGAGAAAGGGAUGGUCACCCUCCGCUGGGAGAAGAAGACUUACUCACAUGGAGGAUCCAAGUGGAGGGCCAAACCAGUGUGGGAGUUCAGUCACCUCUUCUCUUCAGUGGAUUCAUGGCAUAUGGAGGAUAUCCCUCCUAUAUCUGCCCAUCUAAAAGUCUGUCCUUAUUAUGAGACCAAUACACUCAGCAAGCCUGUUCCCCUCCUAAGUAUGACUGAGAAACACAGGAACAGCCAGGAGAGACUAAGUCUGAUCCAACAUUUCACAGAAAACACAAAGCAAAAAUGAAAAAAAACUUUAAUUCUACCUUGUAUGUAUACUUUAAAAUUAUUUAUUUGUGUGCUAUUUACACUGAUGCCCAGAUUACACUGUUCAAUUAUAGGGAUGAUGUAUUAUAACCAGUAUUUCAAAAGACAUUAAAACGACCUGAA